UCCUUUGCCGUACUUCCUAAAAGCGCCACGCACUCCUUCACUCGCAACAAUGUCAAGGAUAUCGAAAGACCUGAUCACCGAAAUUAUACUCCGGCUUCCGGUGAAGUCUCUGAUACGUUUCAAAUGGGUGUCCAAGACGUGGUGUUCCAUGAUCGAGGACCCGGAUUUCAUCAAGCUCCAUCUCGACCACUCGCUCAAGACCGGCUCUAAUCACUACCUCAUGCUCAAAGACAGGCGUCUCUUCACAGUCGAUUUCGAUUCUCUCACUACCGCCGUUGAAAUGGAACAUCACCCUUUAUAUGCUGGACUUGGUGGCGAAACUGAGGCGAUUGGUUCGUCUAAUGGGUUAGUUUUGUUGCGAAAUUCCGAGCAAAACCUGGCUUUGUAUAACUUCUCCACUAGGACCUACCAUCGACUUCCUGUAGAGCCACUCUUGAAGUUCGGAAGCGAAUCUGAUGAUCCUGGGUCCGUAUUUUAUGGGUUUGGUUAUGAUUCUGUGAACGAUGAUUAUAAAGUUCUGAGAAUCGUUUUGCAUUUAUUCCAGGAUGCUGAAGAUGUUUUUUGGACACUUAAGUCUGAGGUUGAUGUUUAUAGUUUGAAGUCAGAUUCAUGGAGAACGGUGGACGAUGCCAAUUUUCAUACGAUGUGGUUAUCUAGACCGUUUCAUGAGUUAUUUUUCCAUAGGUCGUAUGGUUUGCUUGCAGGUAAUGCUCUGCAUUGGGUAGCACCUGGUAUCCCUAACUUUAUCAUUGGUUUUGGUCUUGGGUGUGAAGAAUUUCAUAUGGUUCCACAGCCUGAUUACGAGUCUAAUGGUUUUGAGAUGGAUUUGAGUGUAUUGGCUGGUUGUUUAUGCGCACUUUGCCAUUACAAUUCAUCAUGUGUUGAUGUGUGGAUGAUGAAGGAAUAUGGAGUGGAGGAUUCAUGGACUAAGUUGUUUAAGAUAGAACAACCUGACGUUUAUAAUUGGAAGCCUUUAGCUUAUUCAAAGAAGGGUGAAGAUGUUCUCUUGCUAAAGAACGAAGAGAAGCUUGUUUGGUAUGAUCUGAGAAGGAAAAGAACCAGGAGGGUGAGGAUUACUGGUGCUCCUGCAACAUUUGUGGCAGAAUUGUGUAUUGGAAGCCUUGUUCCAUUGAGCAGCAAUGAAUGGAAGGAGAAGCUGGAGCAGGAGGAAAAGGAAAGGAAAGAAAACAAGAAGAAUAGGAAAAGGAGGGAUGAUUUCCUGUCAGCAGGGUUCAAACUAGUUUUAUGAAAUGUAGAGCAGCAAAGUGAACAGAGGUUUCCAGGCGAGGAGGUAGUAGAAACAGUGCUUUUGUAGUUGCCCAUGCUCAUCAUUUUUGUCGCAUUGCUGCUCUGGUUCACAUGGAUUCACAUGACCAAAGAAAUAAAAGAGGCAGAGAGCAAGCAUCAGAUUCCUUGUUUGCAAAGGGAUGCAACUUGUCUUGCACUUGGAACAAAGACUAACCUGUAGGUAGUUAUGUUUUGGCCUCUGGGUACAUAUAGAAAGUUUAGGGAAAAGGGUUCUCGAUGUCAAAUUUUGGAUAUCUUGUUGUGGAAUUCAAAUGGUGUAACGGGCCUUUUGCUUGCUUUUAACCAAAAUAUGAUACUGAAUCUUUAGUUUCUUCUUAGUGCAAAUUUCUGAUUGUAGU